CUUUGUUAUGACGUCACGCCGUCACACCGGAAGCGAUUCUCUUCUCCUCCUUCCGCACGUGGGAGCGGCCAUGGCUCCGAGCCGCUCUCGCCAGACGGGCUCCCACAAGGCUCAUUCUCUGGCCCGCCAGUGGAAGACGAAGCGGCGGCGUCGCGACCUGGACCAGAUCCAUCAAGACCUGCUGCCGGAGAAGGCGGCGAAACUGCUGCGCCAAGAGCCGGACCCGGACUUGCCCGGAAGCGCGCAGCACUAUUGCCUUCACUGCGCGCGAUACUUUGUUGAUCUGAAAAGCAUGAAGGAUCACUUCAAAUCUAAGGUCCACAAAAGAAGGCUGAAGCAACUGAGUGAGGAGCCAUACACCCAGGAGGAAGCUGAGAGAGCUGCAGGAAUGGGAUGCUAUAUCCCUCCCAAAACAAUUGACGUUCACACGCAGCCCCUCGAUGAGGUAGAGGAAUCCAGCUGAGGACGAUAGUGGCAUUAGCAGGACCAAAUGAGUCUUGCCCACUUGGAGAUCCUUCCGAUAACUUAAAGGCAACGGGAGUGUUCGUGGCAAUGGAAGCAAGGAGAGAGAGGAUAGUGGCAUUGAGACGUAAACUCCAGCAAAGAGGAGAGCUGCAUCUCCUGUGGGAAAGACCGCAAUUGGCUGGCAGUGCUCAGAGUUCAACAGGGGGUCUGAGAAAGGGCAAGCCAGUGCCCUACACUCUAAGGAACCUUAUUAUGUCACUAAUUGCUUACAAAAUUGGCUGUUACGAGUGGGCAACUGUGGAUUUUCCUUUUAAUAAAAGAGCCGUCGGUUGGUUGAA